CGUGUGCGUGCGUGUGUGCGCCGCAGCUCUCUUCUUCCCGAGUCCACAACCACAGUAGCCGGACCCCAGGAGGUGAAGAGUCGGCUCGGGGCCCAGGAAGGGCAGGAAGGACAAACCCAGCCUCUCUGCUCCCCACCUCUCUCAACAAGCCCCCGAAGAGUUUUGUCUCCUUUUUCCUGCACUCAGUAUUUCUGCGCAAGAAAAUCCAGACUCUUCCCAGAUGAAGAGGACUCACCUGUUUGUCGUGGGGUUCUACCUGCUGUCCUCCUGCAGGGCAGAAGAGGGGCUGAACUUCCCCACCUAUGAUGGCAAGGACCGCGUCGUGAGUCUUACUGAGAAGAACUUCAAGCAGAUCUUGAAGAAAUUCGACCUGCUGUGCCUCUACUACCAUGAGCCCGUGUCUUCAGAUAAGGUGGCCCAGAAGCAGUUCCAGCUGAAAGAGAUUGUGCUGGAGCUGGUGGCCCAAGUCCUGGAACACAAAGAUAUAGGCUUUGUGAUGGUCGAUGCCAAGAAAGAAGCCAAGCUUGCCAAGAAACUAGGUUUUACUGAAGAAGGAAGCCUGUACGUCCUUAAGGGUGAUCGCACAAUUGAGUUUGAUGGCGAGUUUGCAGCUGAUGUCCUGGUGGAAUUUCUCUUGGACCUAAUUGAAGAUCCAGUAGAGGUCCUCAACAACAAACUGGAAGUCCAAGCCUUUGAACGCAUUGAGGACCACAUCAAACUCAUUGGCUUUUUCAAGAGCGAGGACUCAGAAUAUUACAAGGCUUUUGAAGAGGCAGCUGAACACUUCCAGCCUUAUAUCAAAUUUUUUGCUACCUUCGACAAAGGGGUUGCGAAGAAAUUGUCCUUGAAGAUGAACGAGGUUGACUUCUAUGAGCCGUUUAUGGACGAGCCCAUUGCCAUCCCCGACAAGCCGUACACAGAAGAAGAGCUCGUGGAGUUUGUAAAGGAGCACCAGAGACCCACCCUACGCCGCCUGCGCCCAGAAGAUAUGUUUGAAACAUGGGAAGAUGAUCUGAAUGGGAUCCACAUAGUGGCCUUUGCAGAGAAGAGUGACCCAGAUGGCUACGAGUUCCUGGAGACCCUGAAACAGGUGGCCCGGGACAACACCGACAACCCGGACCUGAGCAUCGUCUGGAUCGACCCGGACGACUUUCCUCUGCUUGUUGCCUAUUGGGAGCAGACGUUCAAGAUUGACCUAUUCAAGCCACAGAUCGGGGUGGUGAAUGUGACGGACGCCGACAGCGUCUGGAUGGAGAUUCCAGACGACGACGACCUGCCGACAGCCGAGGAGCUGGAAGACUGGAUUGAGGAUGUGCUUUCUGGAAAGAUAAACACCGAGGAUGAUGACAAUGAAGAUGACGACGACGACGAUGACGACAAUGAUAAUUCUGAUGACGAGGAUAAUGAUGACAGUGACGAUGAUGAUGACUAGCUCCGACUGCACCUGCUGUUGAUGAAAACAAGAUCACAGCUUCCAAAGAGACAGCACAAGGUGGCAGCAGCAGCCCUGGCCCACGCCCAGCCAGCUCCUCUCUUCCUUCGCCAGCAUCUUUCCCACUCGCUCUGUCAGGAGCUGCGCAGUUCCGUCAACGCCUUUCUACACCCAGCCGUCCUG